AUGAUAAGUUUAAUUAAAGGAUUUUGGCAAAAAUAUUUCGAUCCUCCUAUCUAUAAAAUUCUAAUUAUUGGACUGGAUGGAGCAGGCAAAACAGUAAGAGCUUAAUAUAGAUAUAGACUUUAUUAAAUAAAUUAAAACAACUUGCAAAACAUCCAUUUAUACAAUUUGAUAAAAUACCGAAAACUGUUGGUUUGAACAUCACUGAGAUUGAUUACAUGGCUUCGAAUAGAUCUAUGAAUAAGAAAUAUAAAGUAACUUAUUGGGAUCUAGGAGGGUCUUAAACUCAAAGAAGCAUCUGGAAAAAAUACUAUGGAGAAUGUCACGGCAUAAUUUUUGUAGUAGAUGGAAAUAAAUCUGAGAGAUGGGAUGAAGUGAGAAACUGCUUUAAGUAUUAUAUGCAUCUCAUAUUUUGGUGAGGUUUUAAGUGAUAAAUCACAUGAUCAAGUCCCAAUUUUGAUUUUAGUAAAUUAUCGACAAAAUAGAGAUAAUGGAAUCUGCCUUAAAAUAAAAGAAUUGAUCUAAAAUAAUACAAACAGAUUCUUGAACAUUUAGGAAGUGAAUAUUGUAGAUAAGUAUAGAAUAAUAUCAUAUGCAGCACAAACGUAGUUGAAUCCGUAAAAUUACUUCACAAUGAGAUUGGGCAUUUAUUUCAGCUGUAUAAU